AUGGCUCUAGAGCAUCUUGCCAACUUGGAGUCCGCAAGUGAAACUCGCCCGAGAUCAAAAACUCUUCGUCUUGGCAAAGAACUUAGGGCGCAGGCUGCAGAAGGUUGGAUGCGCCGUUCCGCCACACUGGACGUGGACCGAACCCACAAUCCCCCAAUCCCGAGAUCUUUGGACCUGGACAUCAUCGACGGCUACGAGCGACACUAUUCAUGGUACUCAGGACGUCCAAAAUGGAUUGAUGCAGCUGGUUGA